GGCACAUAGUGUGCUUCUAACAGUCGGUUCAUUCGGUGUUCAGAACGGAUUGAUCCCAAGCUCUGCCGGUGGAAAGUGAAUCUCUAGCUGCUGCUGCUGCUGUUCCUGGAAGAAGCGGAUUUUCUCAGUGAUCUGUUCUGUGUGGUGCCUCUUUCACUCUAUUUCUGUGUCUUAUACUCUGUGUUUGCUGUCCUUGAGGAUCAAGGAUCUAGGAAGUGACUUCGUGCUGAACUCUAGCGUUUCUUUCCUGUGUGUUUUAGUGCAAAUUCCUAGCAAGGAUUAGCCAAAAUGUCGUCCUCUGCCGUAACAACGAAAACUUCGAAGUACACCUACAAAUCCAGUGGCGGUGGUACCGCUGAUGUCAGCAUCGAGUACAGCGCUGACCUGAGCGCCUUGUCCAGACUGGAGGACAAGCUGCGCCUGCUGCAGGAGGAUCUGGAGUCGGAGCGCAGCCUCCGCCAGAGGAUCGAGCGCGAGAAGGCCGACCUCAGUGUGCAGGUCAUCCAGAUGUCAGAGCGCCUCGAGGAGGCUGAAGGUGGUGCCGAAAGUGUGCUGGAAAUCAACCGCAAACGGGACGCCGAACUGAACAAACUGCGCAAGCUGCUCGAGGAUGUGCACCUGGAAUCGGAGGAAACCGCGCACAUCCUGAAGAAGAAGCACCAGGAAAUCGUGAGCGAUUUCAACGAGCAAAUCGAAUCACUGACCAAAGCGAAACAGAGGGUUGAAAAGGAAAAGUCCAAGCUGCAGGCCGAGAUCUACGAACUGCUGUCUCAGAUCGAGAGCGUGUCCAAGGAUAAGUCCGUCAGUAUUAAGACCAUCGAGAAGCUUGAAGUGCACGUGACUGAGCUGAACAUUCGCAUCGAAGAGCUGAACCGCACCAUCGUCGAUAUCACCUCCCACAAGACGCGUCUGUCGCAGGAGAACAUCGACCUGGUCAAGAACGUGCAGGAUCUGAAGAUCAACAUCGAAAGCAUCAGCUUCGCCAAGUCCCAGCUCAACUCUCAGUUUGAGGAUGCCAGACGUCGCCUGGAAGAGAAGGAUCGUCGCCGAUCCAUCCUGGAGUCCAACCUGCACCAGGUCGAGACCGAGCUGGAAUCGGUGCGCCUGCAGCUUGAGGAAGAGUCCGAGGCUCGUCUGGACCUGGAACGUCAACUGAUUAAGGCCAACGGCGAAGCCGGAACCUUCAAGUCCAAGUACGAGGCCGAAGUCAAUGCCCGAACCGAAGAGGUCGAGGAAAUUCGCCGCAAGUACACCAUUCGCAUCCAGGAAUCGGAGGAGCACAUCGAGUCCCUGCAGCUGCGACUGAGCAAGCUCGAGAAGGAGAAGAGCCGCAUGUCGAACGAAAUCGAAAUCCUCAUCAUCGACUUGGAGAAGGCCAACAACGGCAUUCGCGAGUACAGCAAACGUAUCGAAAUUCUCGAAAAAACCAACAUCGAAAUCAAGACCCGUCUGGAGGAAACCAUCACCCUGUACGACCAGUCGCAGCGCGAUCUGAGACAAAAGACCCAGGACUACCAGCGUCUGAGCCACGAACUGGAUGCGACCCGCGAGCAGAAGGAUCAGCUGACGCGCGACAACAACAAGAUGCAGAAGGAGCUGCACGAGUCCCGGGCCGCCAUCACCGACCUGACACGUCGUCUUCAUGACUAUGAAGUUGAGCUGCGUCGUCUGGAGAACGAACGUGAAGAGCUGACCGCCGCCUACAAGGAGGCCGAGUCUGGACGCAAGGCUGAGGAGAAGCGCGCCCAGGCUUUGUCCGCCGAGUACGGACAGUUCCGUCACGAUACCGAGCGUCGUCUGCUGGAGAAGGAGGAAGAAAUUGAGAUCAUUCGCAAGCAGACCAGCAUCGAAAUCGAGCAGCUGAAUGCCCGCGUCGUCGAGGCCGAGACCAAGCUGAAGAGCGAGGUCAUGCGCAUCAAGAAGAAGCUGCAGAUCCAGAUCACCGAGCUGGAGAUGUCGCUGGAUGUGGCCAACCACACCAACAUCGAGCUACAGAAGACCAUCAAGCGCCAGUCGGCUCAGCUGACCGAGAUCACCGCCCACUACGACGAGAUCCAGCGCCAGCUGCAGUCGACCGUCGACCAGUACGGCAUCGCUCAGCGCCGCAUCCAGUCGCUGACCGGAGAGCUGGAGGAGAUCCGCGUCAACUACGACUCGUCGCUGCGCUCGAAGCGCCAGGUCGAGGUCAGCCUCGAGGAGGCCCAGUCGCGCAUCAACGAGCUCACCGUCAGCAAUGCCAGCUACGCCACGCUGCGCAGCAAGCUCGAACAGGAACUGCAGACGCUGGCCGCGGACUACGAGGAAGUCACCCGCGAGCUGCGCGUCAGCGACGAACGCUACCAGAAGGUCCAGGUUGAACUCAAGCACACCGUUGAGCUGCUGCACGAAGAACAGGAAAGAAUCGUCAAGAUUGAAACCAUCAAGAAGUCGCUGGAAGUCGAAGUCAAGCAACUUUCAAUUCGUCUUGAGGAGGUUGAGGUCAACGCCGUUGCCGGAAGCCGCCGCAUCAUCAGCAAGCUGGAGGCCCGCCUGCGCGACAUCGAAGCCGAGCUGGAAGGCGAGAGGAAUAGACACUCGGAGACCAUCAAGAUCCUGCGCAAGAAGGAACGCUCCGUCAAGGAGGUGUACAUCCAGAUCGAGGAGGACCAGAAGAACAUUCAGCUGCUCCAGGACGCCCUGGAGAAGGCCAACCAGAAGAUUGCCGCCUACAAGCGCCAGCUGGUUGAACAGGAACAAUGCUCGCAGCAGUGCGUCACCAAGGUGCGUCGCUUCCAGCGCGAACUCGAGGCCGCUGAGGACCGUGCCGAUUGUGCUGAGAGCAACCUGACCAUGGUCCGUGCCAAGCACCGCACCUUCGUCACCACCUCGACCGUGCCCGGAUCGCAGGUCUACCUGGUCCAGGAAUCCACCACCAGAACCGUCAACGAGUCGUCUUAAGGCAUUACGCGUGGGAAGGAUGUGCUUUCUCCAGAACACGUCCUGAUCUAUAUGCAAACACCAGGCCAUCCGGAAACUCCAAAACGAAACGCGGGAUGGCCAAAAGCGCACCAAAAGAUCUUUCAUUUCUGUUAUAAUUUCCGUUUUUCGUUUCGUUAAUUUAACUGUUGAACACGUUUUGUUUCAUUAUGUUCCCAUUUGAUCAGUCUUCAGUUUCGUUUUCUGUGUAACUUUCAGUUCACCUCCUUUUCCAAGACACACAACACAAACGAUCAAUGAAACAAAAUAAAACAUUAUAAUCUCUUUAUAAAAAAAAAACGACAAAAACACACACACACCACCCGUGUGAAGGAAGCGGGGCCAGGUGGAAAUUGUCACACCGCACACGCACCAUCGUGAUCGUGAAGAAAUGUGAAUCUCUUACAAAAAGAAAGGAAAGCAAAAAACAAAAGAAGAAAUGAAACGCAAAUAUAUACUAAAGCCGCCAAAAAGGUUUAUCUCGAUCACCUUACUAGAUGAACAGAAAAGAGAGAAAGAUUAAACUAGAACGUGAAGAACGUAGCACCGCAAUGAAACAACCAGAAGAAAAAAAAAACCGCCUUUAUGAUAUAAUUACUAGCGAUCAAAGCCAGAGAGCAGCAGCAGAGCAGUGGAGAGAGUUAUAGGAGGAAGAAGAUCAAAUCAUUAUAUUACUUUUGUAUAAUAUAAAUCUUUGUAAUAAAUAAAUAUUAUUAAACCAA